AUGGACAUUCUUGAAGGAGAUGGGCAAAAGCAAUACAGUUUACUUUAUGAUUAUGCUGCAGAAUUGAGGAGAGUGUCCAUUGAAACAACUGUGAAGAUUAAAAUUAAUCAACCUCAGCCCACAUUGCAGCCACGGUUUGGGUCAUUCUAUUUGUGUUUGGAUGGGUGCAAGAAAGGGUUCGUCAAUGGUUGUAGACCAUUUAUAGGUGUAGAUGGAUGUCACCUUAAGACUAGCUAUGGAGGCCAAUUAUUAGUUGUUGUGGCAAGGGAUCCAAAUGACCAGUAUUUUCCACUGGCAUUUGGUGUUGUGGAGAAUGAGUGCAAGGAGACUUGGAGGUGGUUCCUAACAUUAUUGUUGGAGGACAUUGGAGAUAUCCAGACCAAUCGAUGGGUUUUUAUUUCAGAUAAGCAAAAGGGCCUGAUGCAAGUAUUUGAUGAGCUAUUGCAUGGAGUGGAACACUGUUUCUAUCUAAGGCAUUUGUACAGCAACUACAAGAAGAGAUUUGGUGGUUGUAUAAUCAUUAGGAAUCUCAUGAUGGCAGCUGCUAAAGCCACAUACUAUCAAGGUUGGGAGGCUAAUAUGGAAGAGCUAAAGAAGGUCAAUCAAGAAGCUGCUGAAUGGUUAUAUGCAAUUCCACGUAAGUGUUGGUGUAAGCAUGCAUUUAGUGCAUAUUCUAGGUGUGAUGUCCUCAUGAACAAUUUGUCAGAGUCAUUUAAUAGCACUAUAUUGCUAGCUAGGGAUAAACCAAUUAUAACAAUGAUGAAGUGGAUUAGGACUUACUUGAUGAGUAGGUUUGCACAUUUGCGAGAAAAAUUAAAUGCAUAUACGGGUGUUGUCAUGCCUAAACCAAACAAAAGGCUAGAUAGGGAAAUAGAGAAAAGUGGAAAUUGGUUUGCUGUUUGGACUGGAGAUGGUAAGUUUGAAGUGACACAAGGAUUCACAAUGGAGAAAUUCAUCGUUGAUCUCACAAACCACACUUGCACAUGUUAUUUUUGGGACUUAGUUGGCAUACCAUGUAGACAUGUCGUGGCUGCAAUCCAUUAUAGAGUAGAACAGCCCUCUGAUUUCGUCCAUGCAUAUUACAAAAGGGAGGCUUACCAAGCUUGUUAUGGAUCUCAAAUUUCACCCAUUAAUGGCCAACAACUAUGGCCUAAAACUGAUGCACCACAAAUCCUACCCCCAAUAUUUAAGACUCCUCCUGGAAGGCCACGAAAAUUAAGAAGGAGAGAACCUGAUGAGGAUGUCAGUCACUCUAGGUUGGGGAAGAAGCAUCUUAGAAUGAAGUGUAGUAACUGCGGCCAAUUUGAUCACAACAUCAGAAGCUGCAAGCAGGGAAAAACCAACAAGGGAAAACAGAAGAAGAAGAAGAAGCCUGCAACAGCUGCCACUGCAACUACCACUGCAACUACCACUGCAACUGCCACUGCAAAUUCAUCCAGGAGAAAGACGAGCUUAAGAUCUGUUACCAUCACAAGAAGGACAGCUAAUAGGAAGGGAGGAAGGUCAUCCAAGGCCCUUAGCGACGCACCUAAUUUAGGUUCACAAGCAAGUUCAAGCAACCCACCAACUGGACAACCCAUGUGA